AUUGGCUAUUACUGAUUCUAGUAAUUAAUCUGGAAAAUUGAAGCAUGACUGUUUGAAAGAAUUCUAGGGUUUUGCAUUAAUUGAAAUAAUGAGCAGCAACAGCAGCAGCAAGAAUCAAGAUCUGGGCUUGUUCUUUCUAGAGCAGGCUCGGUCUUCUUCAAGUUGGAUGGGUUUUGAGGAGGAGGACGAGGAGGCACCAACGGAGCUUAACACAAUCAACAGUUCGGGAGGGUUCCUUGUGGUUUCCCCCGACAAGUUAUCGGUUAAGUAUACCAGCGUCAACCUCCACGGCCACGACGUCGGCGUGAUCCAAGCAAACAAGCCUGCGCCUGUUAAGCGCCUUGUCUACUACUUCGAGAUUUUUGUAAAGGACGCUGGUGCCAAGGGCCAGAUUGGAAUUGGCUUUACUAUUGACUCUUUCAAGAUGCGCAGACAACCCGGGUGGGAAGCCAACAGUUGUGGUUAUCAUGGGGAUGAUGGAUUUCUUUAUCAUGGGCAAGGAAAGGGAGAGACUUUUGGCCCAACCUUUACGACUAAUGAUAUUGUUGGUGGUGGUAUUAACUAUGCUUCUCAGGAAUUUUUUUUCACUAAGAAUGGGGCUGUAGUGGGAGCAGUGGACAAGGAGAUAAAGGGUCCUUUGUUUCCAACAAUUGCAGUUCACAGCCAAAACGAGGAGGUUCAUAUCAACUUUGGGCAGAAAAAAUUUGCUUUUGAUCUUAAGGAAUAUGAAGUGCAGGAGAGGAUGAAGCAACAAAUGACAAUUGAAAAGAUAUCACUACCACAAAAUAUCAGUUAUGGGCUUGUUCGCUCGUACUUACUACAUUAUGGCUAUGAAGAUACACUUCAUUCAUUUGACUUGGCUGGUAAAAGUACUGUGCCUCCUGUCUUUAUUACUCAAGAAAAUGGUGUUGAUGAGCAGGACAUUGCGUAUGCAUUAAAUCAAAGAAAGAUUCUUCGACAGGGGUCUUUGCAGCUAAUCCGGAGUGGUGACAUUGAUGCUGCAUUUUGUAAAUUGCGCAAUUGGUACCCAUGGAUUGUCCAGGAUGAUAAAUCUUCCACUUGUUUUCUGCUGCACUGUCAAAAGUUUAUCGAGUUAGUACGGGUUGGAGGACUAGAGGAGGCUGUGAACUAUGGAAGGACCGAAUUAACUAAAUAUUUUGGGUUGGCUGGAUUUGCUGAUUUGGUUCAGGACUGUGUUGCUUUACUGGCAUAUGAAAAGCCACAGGAGUCAUUGGUGGGGUAUCUUCUUGAGGAUUCACAGCGGGAGGUUGUGGCUGAUACAGUUAAUGCGAUGAUCCUGUCAACAAACCCUAACAUGAAAGAUUUGCAAGGUUGCUUGCAUUCAUAUCUGGAGAGGUUACUCAGGCAGCUUACUGCUUGCUGCAUAGAGAGAAGAACAUUGAAUGGGAAUCAAGGUGAAGCUUUCCAACUACAUCGCCUUUUGAACACUGUUACUGGUAAUAAAGCUAAAUGCUAGUUCAUGCAUGCCCCAUACUCUUGUUCAUAUACCCACUUGAUUCUCACAACGCUGCACAUGAAGUGUCGUUACUAGAUAAUUUACUUUCGCCUUUGAUUGUCUCAAGUGUUCCAGCGUAUUUUUAAACCGUAGAUUUUUCCUUAAAAUUAUCUAAAUUCAAUGAAAAUAUUAAAAAAUA